CCAUUUUGCCUCUGGUGGAAAAACACAUCAGGGUCUGUGGUCUGGGAUUGCGACAGCACUCAUCCUGUUGACCCGUUACACCCUGACAGUCUAGCUUUCUUCAUUCUGACCAGGAUCACCAUCACUCUGGAAACUUGCAUAACUCAUCUCUACUCUCUUCUUCUCCACAAUCCAUUUUCAAUUUUUUCACAGCAUUCCUUCUGACAUGAUUAAAGCAUGAAAAAACCGAUGUCUUUAGGCCAAAAACUCUGUCCGGGGUCACAGGGAGACCUGGACCUGAAGAAGCCGGCUGGGGCCUGCAAUGGUCCAGACGCGCCGGAGGAGAAGAUGAUCAUGAGGAGGGAGAUUUCUCUCGCUAACGGCAUCUGCUUAAUUGUGGGCAACAUGAUUGGCUCGGGCAUUUUCGUGUCGCCCAAGGGUGUGUUGAUGUACAGCGCCUCCUACGGCCUUUCGCUGGUCAUCUGGGCUCUCGGGGGAAUAUUUUCCGUCUUUGGCGCACUGUGUUACGCAGAACUUGGAACCACUAUUACAAAGUCUGGUGCUAGUUACGUGUACAUCCUUGAGGCCUUCGGGGGGUUCCUUGCUUUCAUUCGCCUGUGGACAUCCAUCCUGCUGGUCGAGCCAGCCAGCCAGGCGGUCAUCUCGCUGACGUUUGCCAACUACCUGGUGGAAGCGCUCUACCCAACCUGUCAGCCUCCGUACGAUGCUGUGAGACUGAUAGCAGCGGCUUGUCUCUGUAUUCUGAUCUUCAUAAACUGUGCUUAUGUGAAGUGGGGCACUUUGGUUCAAGAUAUUUUCACGUACGCCAAGAUCAUGUCUCUGCUCCUCGUCAUCACAGUGGGCAUCAUUAAGAUAAUUAACGGAGAAACAAAGAACUUCAAUAGUCCAUUCGAGGGUUCCUCCACGGAGGCGGGCAGCAUCGCCCUGGCUCUUUAUUCAGCUCUGUUCUCCUACUCUGGCUGGGACACACUCAACUUUGUUACUGAGGAGAUCCAGAACCCUGAGAGGAACCUUCCCAUCGCUAUAGCCGUCUCCAUGCCAAUAGUGACAAUCAUCUACAUACUGACCAACGUGGCAUACUAUGCUGUUCUGGACAUGCCUUCUUUCAUGGGUAGUGAUGCAGUGGCUGUAACAUUUGGAAAUCAGGUGCUGGGCCCCAUUAGCUGGAUCGUCCCCAUCGCUGUGGCCAUGUCUUGCUACGGAGGACUCAAUGCCUCCAUCAUUGCCGCCUCCAGGCUGUUUUUUGUGGGGGCGAGAGAAGGCCACCUUCCCAACAGCUUAAGUCUGAUCCACGCUGCGCGCUACACUCCUGUACCUGCACUCCUCUUCAACGGCGUGAUGGGUCUGAUCUUCCUGUGUGUGGAGGAUGUGUUUCAACUCAUCAACUACUUCAGCUUCAGUUACUGGCUGUAUGUGGGUCUGUCUGUGGCCGGACUCAUUUACCUGCGAAUCACUCAGCCUGACAGACACAGGCCGGUCAAGCUCACAUUGUUCUUUCCCUUCGUCUACUGCCUGUGCAGUGUGUUCCUCGUGAUCGUUCCUCUGUACAGCGACACCAUUAACUCGCUCAUAGGAAUUUCCAUCGCACUGUCUGGAGUGCCAGUUUAUUACCUGUGUAUCUACCUGCCCAAAGAGAAACAACCAAAAUGGUUUGGUAAACUGAAUGAUUCUGUCACCAAAUACACUCAGAUCAUGUGCCUCUGCUGCUUAACUGACUUGGAUGUGGAGCCAGAGAAGUCGGCAGAACCAAAGACCCAAUAACUCUUUCAAGAGGACGUGCCUGGAGCAUGGAUUCCAUCUCUGAGAAAAAAGACACUAUUUGUCAAAAACAAAUACCUCAUGGAUUUAUAAACUUCUAGUACAUAUAUCUCACAGAGAUCAAAUUCAGUUCAACUGAAAAGCAAAAUACUAUGUGUAAUUUAUCAUACUGGUGUGUUUCAUCACUUUUCGCCAUGUUUUUAUUUCAUUUAUUCUGUCAAGGUCUGAAUGAAGUUCCUUGUUAAACCAUUGACUGAAGAGGAUUGUGCUUAAAGACACUGGGAGACGCUGAACUUCCGUUUAGUUUCAUACUUGGAAAGAAAACAGGUCCAAGAAGCUGAAUGUACAGACAAACUGGACGAAAACUCAUCUCAGCCAUUUUGGGACUGUGGUACAGACUCGUGGGAUGGUCUUGGAAAAACAAAAACAAAUGCACAUUUUAUUUUUUUGUACUGUUUGUCAGAUGCAGUAAAAAUGGAAGAAUUUUCGAUAUUGAGUUAUGAAAUUCAAAGAUAAGUGAUUUUGUCAUUUUGAUAUUAGUCCACUUUUCUGUAUGAUAGCUACACUUAUAGUGUCUGGUUGUCUGUAUUUGGUGUCCUUUGUUCAUUUGUGACCCUGGACGACAAAACCAGUCUUAAGUGUCUUAAAAUGGUUUGUUAAGAUCGGACAAUAUUUGGCUGAGAUACAACUAUUUGAAAAUCUGGAAUCUGAGGGUGCAAAAAAAUCCAAAUAUUGAGAAAAUCGCUUUUAAAGUUGUCCAAAUGAAUUCUUAGCGAUGCACAACGUUUUGAGAUAUUUACAGUAGUAAAUUUACAAAAUAUCUUCAUGGAAUAUGACUUUUACUGAAUAUACUAAUGAUUUUUGGCAUAAAAGGAAAAUCUAUAAUUUUGACCCACACAGUGUAUUGUUGGCUAUAGCUACAAAUAUACCCCAGCGACUUAAGACUGGUUUUGUGGUCCAGGGUCACAUUUGACAAAAGAAAACCGGAAGUAUCACUUGGAUGUUACUGAAUAUGUCUGAAGUUCUUAGAAAGUUAUUGGCUUUGAUUUGCUUUUCUGCCUUACAGAUGUUAUUUGAACACCUUAAAUAUAUAUAUAUAUAUAUAUAUGCAGGGUUGAUAUGGAAUAUGUUGCGAUUGAUGGGUCAUGACUUGGGGAUUUUUCCAGAUGGCUAAACCUAAAAAUAGAGAAAACUAUGGCCGUCUGGGAGCUCCAGUGUCAGAUGUCCGGGUGUUGAUUGUGAGAGAUGCGUUUAGCCUCUGACGCACACCUGAGACAAUCCAAACAUUUUAUGAAAUCAUUAGAUGUCAUUUCCAUCUCUCUCGCACCUCUGUCCAACUUAUAUGUAUUUAACUUGCUCUUAUGGUUUUGUGGUUGUUGGUUUCUGGUUUCAUAUAACGAUUGAAAUAAAAUCAAGACUUUA